UAAAGUAUAUCUCAAAGCACCAAAUUAAAAAAUAACUCUAAUUUACUAAGUAAAUAAACAAACAGCCCAAAGAAAUAUCAGAAAAAAGUUGAAAAAUAAUUUUCAAAACUUUUUAAUUAAUAAACAAAGAGCAUGAAAAUGAGUCUUUGGUAGUAUUUUUUAUCUUAUUUUUGUCCUUUUGGCAAGCUCAAAUAAAAGAAAAAAAUAAUUUAAUAUAGCAUGGACAAGCUUUAUCAAAAUUUGGAUAUUUUACAAAUUUUAAAGAAACUUCUAGAAGUUGAAAAGCUAAAGAGACUGCUUUUAGAUCCAGAUUAAAUAAAGCUGUUAGACUAUUUACCUAAACCAACAAUACAUUUGGAUCUAGUUUUAAACAAAUAAUCUACAGAAAAUAUUUACAAAAAUAAAGAAAUAAAUUUACUGUAUUAAGAUAAUAGAUCUGAAAUGUAAAAGGCUAAAGAUGCAUUUGAAGCUUAUAAAAAAAUUUAAAAUAAAAAAAAUUUUUCUUUACUAGACUAAAAACUAAUUGAUAUGCUAGACUAAAAUUUAGUUCAAAUUUUUGAAGCUCAAAACGAAAAUUCUAGCCCUUAGCAUUAACAUACUAAAUCUAAUUAGUAAUCACAAUAGCACUCAUAUAAUUUUUCACCUGUCUCCAAUUUUUAAAAUUAAAAAUUAAAAAACUUAGAUAAUAUAUCAUCUGAAAUAAUUUAUCAUUAAGAUUCUAAUAAUUUUUUUAUGAAGAGGCAUAAUGAUUCUAAAUAGUUAGAAAUUCAAAAUGUAUAGUUUUCUGAUUAAAAAUAAAUCAAUAAUAACAGGAAUAGUAGAAUAAAAAAUGAUAAAUUUACUUUACAUUAGAACUGCACCAUUAAUAGCGAAAAAGAAGUUGAAGUAGCAUAAGAAAAUUUUUACAAUAAUUUAUAAAAUCAAUUGGAAAAUUAUAAAAUAACUUAAAAAUGA